AUGGAUGAGGUCGAGCAGGAUGAGGAUGAGCCGGAGCCCUCCUAUCCGCCCAUCCAAUUGGCAUCUGGCACCGUCGUCGUGGGCAUCUCCGACGACGAAGAUCUACACAGUGGCGCACUGUGCACCGCCCAUCUUAUCAUAUUCUUCUCACCACCUCCUCCUUCUCUUUCCUCGUCUGCUCCUCAUUCUUUGAUUUGGUCCAAGCCUUGUUCUUGGGAAAGCAGAGGAAAGCAUAGCUUCCUGAAUCCUGAGACCUUCAGCUUCAAGGCCAAAAUGGGUGAGGUUGAGGAUGGGUUCACCCCACUGUCUCAGUUGAACUUGUCAUCGGAUUACAGGCGCAGAGUCCGGGUGCGCGUCUCACGGAUGUGGGUGUCCUUCAACCCAAACAACGGCACCGUGUUCGGCCUUGACAGCCUUCUCAUUGACAGCAAGGGUGGAACUAUGCAAGCCCAUGUAAAACCAAAAGAUAUAAAGCGUUUCGAAGAGAGGCUAGCUGAAGGGAAGGUCUAUGCGCUGUCAAAUUUUGUGGUUUGGCCAAGCGAGGGGAAAUAUAUGACCUGUAGGAACCCCUUCAAGAUGCACAUUGAAGCAGAUACGGUGGUCGACGAGAUCGAUGGAGAUGUCGACGCGAUACCUCUCCACUGCUUUGAUUUUGUUGACUUUGUUGAUGUUCCUUCUAGGGACCGCAAGAUUAGCUUAUUGACAGAUAUUGUUCGCCAAGUAGUCGAAGUUUGGGGCAUAGAAAGGACCCCAAAGAAAUUGCGGAUGAUAGAAUUUUGCAGCUUACGGAUUGAGGAUUUCAGUGGAAAGGAACUGUAUGUCACACUAUAUGGAAAGCUGGGUCAUGAUUUUUAUGCGGAGAUUCGCAAGAAAUGCCGACAAGACCCUGUCGCUGCCGUGUUUGCCGGGAUGCGUGUUUGCCACUACAAGGGUGGCAUCAUCCAAAAAUCCCCAUAGUACACCUCCAGUCUCAGCCAGAAAGCCCUGUUGAUCCAACUCAGGAGUUACAAAGUAGCUGGAGAACAAUCAAACAGCUGCAAAGCCUUGAUCCAUUCAAGUUAUCGGAGAAUAGCCGAUUUUUGUGCAGAGCCAUCCUGAAAGAGAUAGACUGCACCAAAGAUUGGUGUUAUCGUGGAUGCUUUCACUGCAGGAAGUCGGUCAGCAGGGACGGAAGUGAAUUCUGGUGCAGCCAAUGCGAUCCGGUUAACAAGAAGCGCAAGAGGCCGGUUUUAUGGUACAAGCUAAAUGCAGUGGUGGAAGAUGACACUGGAACCAUGAACUUGGUGAUCUUUGCCGAGGAGGCGCAGCAACUGAUCGGUGUCACGGCAGAAGAACUUUUCAAAGAGAUCACCGGUGAUGGCGGGUGCACCGUGCCAGCUGCAUUCUCAUAUCUUCGCGGCUCGACCCACACCUUCCAAGUUGCCAUGGACGACUGGAGCUCAAGCAUCGUUGUGAAGUGGAUCCUGAACGACAAUGAGUUGACACUAGUGCAGCACGGUGGGUCAGUUCAGUCGACAGUGUCUAGUUGCAACUCACAACUUAUGGAGGAGAAGAUGUUGAUCCUCAAGCCAGAAACCGAACUGAAGACGGAAGAUGAGGCAGGUGCAGAAUGACUCCUUUCCCUGACUCUCAGGCUCUCGGCAGCAGCUCUUCGUUUCACAAGAAUGGAAUCUGCUACAUUGGCGGUAAUCAUGCCAAGUAUCUGUUCUUUCGCUCUGCCUUAAUUCUAAAACUUUGUAAAAAAAUCCCUUAUAAGAAAUCUCAUGUAAAUAUUAUGUGGAAGUCACCUUGUUCAGAUUACUGGGAAUGCUCAUCCUUGGGCCAGCAUAUGUCAAUAUACUGGAGUAGUACAGUAGUGACUCUUGCAGACACCAUGGAUACAUUC